AUGCCCGUCUACAAAAUCCAUGGCUUCCGCUGGCCCCGCGGCGGCAUCCCCAGUAUUCGCGUCUUCAUAGUGCUCGAAAACCUCGACGAUGCCUCUGCCGAAUACAUCCAAAACAAACGCACCUCCUCUCUAAUUCUCGGCGCAAUUCACAAAAACCAUCCCAACGCUUCUAGACACUUACCAAACUUGCAGCUGAUAGAGCAAUACGACCCGCUCGAUAUGACGGAUUCGGCAGUGAGUCAACCGCACGCCUUUGUCGCGGAUAGUGUGACUAUAUUACCGGAUACGGCGCGGCCGGUGAAAGGGUUGAGUGUGGAGAUUGAUCAGCGGUUUUUGGAUGAUGCCAUUUCGUCCGAGGCGCGACAGACGCUUGCUGAGAUUAGAGAUGCGGUUGCGCCGGGCGAGAAGAUUGGGUGGUGGAUUGUGUAUAAUGGGGAUCCGGAGAGGUAUUAUCCUGGUAUGGAGGAGGAUGAACUUAUGGAUGAUGAGGAGAGCGUUGGUGCUAGUGCUGGCCCAGGUGGAGAUGAUAGAAUCAGUUUCCAAAGUAGAGAGACGGCGCCGUCGUCUGUGGCUGCUUCGACGCCUGUUUCGGUGCCUGAGAUUCCGGCUGAGAAGUCACCGGCUCCUGGGUUGAAGAAGAAGAGAUCGUUUUGGCGGCGCAAAUGA